AUGAAAAUCAGUAUUAUUUCUCAUUUAGGUGUUCCUCCACGUGUUUUUCGUCCUCAAGUGCGCUCAAAAUAUCAUGAUAUUGAAGAACGAAUUUCUCAUAUUACCGACCCUAAACGAACAGCUGUAGACUUGUACAAAGGUAUCAAAGGUCCAAACGCAACUCGUGAAACACGAAUGGAAGCUGUAGCUUGGAUAGCUGUUUGUAAAUUUUCUUGCAGACUUGAAGGUGGUUUCGUACGUGAUUGGGUUGUUGGUAAUUAUACAUCAAGACCAGCUAAUCCUUCACCAAGUCCAAAAGACUGGAUUGAAUAUAGCAAUAACCUACCGUAUCUAAAUAAAGAAGUCGUUCCAGCCGAUUUAGAUUGUCAUUUACCGACACAUGCUUAUUUUGAUAUUGAGAAAUUUCAAGAUGAAUUGCACAAAUAUCAUAUAACAUGCAAAGUAUAUCGGCAAGAUUGGAGAUAUGUCCUGUUGAUUGAUGAAGAUGUUCCAACAGGUCCAUUUACAAUGGAUUUAAUUGAACCACAUGUGGCAUUAACACAAGAUCGAAUUGAUUUCGAUGUGAAUAAUUUAUCAUUGGAAAAAGAGUAUACACACGAAUUAGCAAUGCGUGUCGAUAUUCAACAAAGACCAUACUUAAUUGAACUUGAAGCUAUUGUCGAUAAUAUUAAAAAUAAACGCUUUCAAAUACUUCGCCCGAUUGAUUAUAGACUCGAGGAGCGUGUUGAUAAAAUGGUAAAUAUUCGUCAUUGGACACAAUUAGGACAGCCGUUUCUAGUUGUACCAAAUCCAGAUCCAAAAUAUUGGUCUGUUCUAGUACGUUUACCAUCAUCAGACAAAUUAUAUAAAGACGUGGAAGCACAAAUGAAAAACAUAGAAAAUAAUACCACAAUCUUAUCGAUUGAACAAAUAAGAAAUCCACUUUUGGAAGAUCAAUAUGAAGCAAUGAAAAGAAUAAUUGCUAAACAAUGUUCCAGUUUCGAUCCGAACGAACGUGAACUAUUUCAUGGUACAAAUGGAGAAGCAAUCGAUGGUAUACGAGACAACGGGUUUGAUGAUCGUUUCAGUAAAACUGGCAACUGGGGUAAGUAA